AUGUCGCAGCCUCAGCGGACCCCUUUGGCCAGGUUCGAGGACAUACCUGGCAAAUUACCCGAGUCCAGUGUACCUGGCAGCGUCGAUUUUCAGACUCUCGCGGAUCAGGCUGUUGAGAAGCUCAACAACCUGACGCCCGACAAUGUAACGGAAAGUGUUGUAUGGCGAGACCUCUUAAGCUUUACCGGCACCUACCGCACAUUCAACUCCCGCGCAAACGUUGUCAACACCCUGCGGGAUCUCCGCCAGUCAAGGAGAUGCUCAGCUUUCUAUGCUCUAGGCUCGGGUGUUCGGACGGAGCGCUCUCUCAGUGACAUUAGCUGGUGUGACGUUGAUGUCUUGUUCGAUGUACAAAUCGACGGCCUUGCUGGGAAGGGGCGAGGUAUCGUGUCUCUGGCAUGCUGUGCAGACGGCCAAUGGCGUAUAUGGAUGCUCAGGACAUGGCUGGAAUGCUUUGAAGGGCAUGGGCAUCCAGACGUACCAGUGUCUGACGGCAUAAUACGGGUCGAUAGCGGCAACAGUGCAUCCCGCUCGCCGAACACCGACUACGAUGUUGUGAUCGUAGGCUCUGGGCAGAGUGGAUUGUCGACGGCAGGACGCUUGAAAGCCUUGGGUAUCCGGUAUGUUGUCCUGGAGAAACGACCAGAAGUCGGCCAUGUCUGGGCAUCUCGCUACGAGUCACUGCGUUGGCACACGUCCAAACAUUAUGGCAGCUUGCCAUUCGGCCAUUCUUAUCCGGACGAAGACGACUACAUGCUGCCAGCCAAGCGUAUCGGCGCCGGUCACAAGGCUUGGUCCGAAAAGUACGACAUCAAUGUACGGACAAGUACUGCCGUUGACGCAGCCAGCUACGAUGCCGAGUCGCAAACAUGGACAGUCCGAGCAUCAACGCCUGAAGCCCAGCAAACUUUCACGACUCGCAACCUAGUACUCGCGAUAGGUACCGGCCACUUGACACCAGUGGUCCCAGAGUGGGCAUCUCCGGAGAAGAUCGCGUCUAGCGGCUUCAAAGGGACCAUCUUGCACGGGAGCAACUACAAAAACUGUACCCUGUUCGCUGGCAAGCGCGGCGUCGUCGUCGGCACGGCCAACACCGCCCACGAUGUGGCGGAAGACAUGGCCAAUGUGGGCAUGUCUACAACACUUGUACAGCGAGGCGCCACAUUCAUCUUCCCAGCCGAAUGGCUCCAUCACGCGGAGGACGUGCAUUACAACCCCAAUGUGGACCCAGCGGAAGCAGAUCGGAUCUCUUUCACGCAUCCCAACAAGAUCAUGCGCGAGCUUGUUAACCGGGCUGUCUUCGCAGGAAUCAAGGCGAAUCCGGAUCGCUUCGAUGCACUAGAGAAGGCGGGCUUCAAGCUCGACCGUUAUGGCGACAUCUACAAUAAUCUGUAUGUACGCUUUGGCGGGCACUACGUGGACAUUGGAGCUUCAGAGCGCAUUGCAAAAGGUGAGAUCAAGGUCACAUCUCGGCCAGUCAAGAAGAUGUACAAGGAUGGCCUGGUGUUCGAGGACGGUGGCGAGCUGCCAGCGGACUUGAUCGUGCUGUGCACUGGCUUUGACCAUGACUUCCGCAAGGACGCUGCACGCAUUGUGGGUGCAGACGUCGCGGAUCAGAUGGACGACUUCUGGGGAGUUGAUGCCGAAGGGGAGGUUAGGGGCCAUGCGAAGAUUGCUGGUCAUCCGCAUCUCUACUACCACGGUGGUGACAUCCGCAUGGCUCGUUUCUACUCGAGGUUUCUCGCGCUACAGUUACAGGCUGAUGCACUCGGGCGGCCAUUGCAACCUUAUGUAGGCUAG